AUGGCAUAUCUUUCUAUUUUCAGCUGUGCAAUCUUCUUGUUUAUUGGUCUCUUCUGCAAACAACCUCAAGUACGCGCCUCGGCGACAUGGCAACGUGCACAUGCAACUUUCUAUGUUGGAAGUGAUGGUUCCAGUGCAAUGAAUGGUGCCUGUGGAUACGGAAACCUUUACACUGAUGGUUAUGGAAUAAACACUGCGGCGCUGAGCACAGCUUUGUUCAAUGAUGGCGAGUCAUGUGGCGGCCGGUGCUAUCAGAUAGUUUGUGAUGCAGCCAGUGACGCUCAAUGGUGCCUUAAGGCUAAGUCCAUUACCAUUACUGCUACUAACUACUGUCCGCCUAACUAUCGUCCUGCUAGUGACAACGGAGGAUGGUGCAAUCCUCCUCGACCGCACUUUGACUUGUCUCGACCUGUCUUCCAGGCUAUAGCCGAGUCCAGAGCUGGAAUUGUACCGUUUCUCUACAGAAAGGUGACAUGCAAGAGAAGGGGAGGCUUCAGAUUUACCCUCAAUGGAGGGAGCUACUUUGAGCUGGUGCUUAUAUCAAGUGUCGGGGGAGCUGGAGAGAUCUCUAAGGCAUGGACCAUGUGGUCUAAAUCCAAUAAAUGGGAAGCCAUGACAAGAAAUUGCGGUGCUAAUUGGCAGAGCCUAAGCUAUCUAAAUAGUUAG